CAUCGUUAGUGGCCUCCUCGAUCGCAGGCUGAGACUCGCGCAACCUUCUCCCGUCCCAUAUUAAACUCGCCCCAUCCCAUCUAGGGUUUGGCCCUCCCAAGACAACAAGACCCCCCAACCCCCCUGUAUCCCUCUCCCAACUCUUAUCUGUAUCCCUCUCCAUGGCCACGGCGGCGGCGGCGGCGAAGCGGAAGCCGGUGUUCGUCAAGGUGGACCAGCUCAAGCCCGUCACCAGCGGCCACACGCUCGUCGCUAAGGUGCUCAGCUCCAAGACCGUCCUCCAGAAGGCCCGCGCCACUGGCGGCCCCGGCCCAGCGGCCAAGCCCACCAGGAUCGCCGAGUGCCUCAUCGGCGACGAGACCGGCUGCGUCCUCUUCACCGCCCGCAACGACCAGGUUGAUGUGUUGAAGCCUGGCAACACUGUCAUUAUCCGCAAUGCAAAGAUUGAUAUGUUCAAAGGGUCAAUGAGGCUUGCUGUUGACAAAUGGGGCCGUGUUGAAGUAACUGAACCAGCAAGCUUUGGUGUAAAGGAGGACAAUAAUCUUUCACUUGUGGAGUAUGAACUUGUCAAUGUUGAAGAGUGAAAAUCACAUCGACCUUGCUGUCAAUCAGAAGAAGUGCUUUCCAAAGCCUGUUGGUCAAAUCUACCUGUUGAGUUGUCUAGAAUGUGAAAGAUGGAUCUUCUGAGUUCAUAUUGGAAUUGUUCGCUCGAACUACUGCAAGUUCCUUCUUAUCAAGCAUUUCUAUCUAUGAGUGAUUGUUAGUUGCUGCAGCAGUUGUGUUUCUGAGAACAAUUGUGAUGCUGAGCAGUAAUAUACAAUUUGAUCUCCUAAA